GCGGCUGCCUGUAAGUCAAAAUUGUUGUGUGGUUGUUUCUUCUAUAGUUCCGGUUGAAGGAACUGUUUGGUUACAAUCGUAGAAAAUUGUGAGAAAACUCCCCACGGGUAGCAUUCAAGUCAAUCGAAUGAUAUUUUUAGGAUGUAUUCACGUCCUUUGAGCUUGCAAAUGACGCGCUGUUUGCGCGCAGUAACUGGUUACUCUGGGACACGAAGGACUCAUGUAAACCUGCAACGAAUUUUCUUAAGGAAACAACCACUUCGCCCGUCUACUACGUUGUCUGAAGCAGAAAGAAAGGAAGAUUCCAAAGAAAGCGACGAAGAACCAAAAUCCUGGAGAGAAAAUCCAACCCUGAAAUACUGGGUUCUUGGCUCACUGGGAAUCUCUGGCUCUGUUUAUUACUACGUUUACAGGAAUCACGAAAAGAAACGAUUGCUAGUAAAGCAUUUGCCAUCAACACCCAGUCAUUUCGUACUUUCCCGUGAACGAGAUCUCUCCGCGCUUUUUUCCCUUCAUAGUCAGUUGAAGGGAAGGGAAUCUUUAACUGUUCUCCAUAUUGUUGGCUGUCCCGGGUCUGGAAAAACAGAACUUGCUCGGGAAUUUGCCGAGAAACUCUCCAGAGAGGAACAAGAAAGGUACACCUUUCUUCCAGGCAAUCUCUUCUUUGGGACUUUAAAUGGUUCAUCGGUAGAAAGCCUCCUUUUUGAUGUGAAAAGGUUUGCAAUUUCUGUUGGUUGUUUUGAGAGUGAUUGGACAUCAAAGGCAGGUGAAGGGGUUAAUUUCUCCAGUCUGUCCAAGGAAGAGCAGUUAGACUACCUUGUUGAUGCUGUUAGGGAAAAACUUAAAAACAGCCAAGGCUGGAUUCUAAUUUUGGAAAAUGUUAAAGAUAACGAAGCUAUGUACCGCUGGUUUUCUGCAAAUUCAUCAAAAAAUUGGGGUAAUGGAACAGUUCUCCUCACAAGAGAUGGCCAUGUCAACAGUGAUGCAGUGAUUAACAAUACUUACAGUAUUGAUGAAGGAUUGCCUAUGGAUGAUGGGAUAGAACUUCUUUCAAAGUUGAGUGGAUUGGAAGGAAACAAGAUGACUGCUGCAAAAGACAUUGUAACAAUUCUAAAGGGGAUUCCUCUGGCUCUCACAUGUGCUGGUCAUUACAUGCAAUCAAAAGUGCUGAAAAAUCCCAACUAUUCCAGUUUAGACUUUUUAAGUGAGUUUAAAUCAGAGCUUCAGAACUUCACAAAGGCUAAUGGGGAGAUGGCAUUAAGCCCCACAUAUGUCAUGGUUAGCAUGGAAACAAAAAGCCUUGUGCAAGAAAACUUCCAUCUUCUUCAUGCUUUUGAUUUUCUGGCAACCUGUACACCUAAUUGGCCAAUACCAGUGAGCCUCAUUGCUCUACAUCUGAGGUCACCAGAUUUUAAUCUACCCCCUGUGGAAGGCAGUGGACCUGCUCUGCCAAGCCAAAAACCCACUGAGGCUGAACAAGGGAAUAGCUCAGAACAAGAGGUAGAAGAGAUGUUCCUAUCAAUCAAGAAACUGGCCAAGAACUUGGAGAACUUUAUAACAGCAGUAAAAGAUAACAUUGAUGCUAUCAAAGCCAUGCUUAACCCUGUACUGCCCGAUAUGCCACAAAUGUUGGAUGGAAAUGUGGAGAUGUUAAAAGCUUGUCCAUUAGUUUCUGUUAGAAGAAUGGAGCCCAUGGGGGUGGAGACAGUAGUAAUUAGUCCUUUGGUGCACUCAGUGUUCCAGCAACUUUUCUUGUCCCGGACAAUGGAGCAGCUUGAAUCUGAGUAUCUGGUGCAGGCGGAGGAGAAACACAACAAAAGCUCUUGGUUUCGUCGGCUGUGGAGUUUUGACGCUCAAAGAUCAUUGCAAGAAUAUCGCAAUUCCCUGGGUGAGGUCUCGCAAGAGGAAGCUGUAAAUAUGCAUGAAAAUUUGCCCGAUAGCGAGCUCCUUGCUCAUCGCUCCGGGCCCGAUGUCAGUGGUUUGUUGCAGGAGAGUGAGUCAGAGAUCACAGAACAAUUCAGGAAGAUAAAGAUUGGUGAUGCAGUUCGUCACUGUCAGCAGCACACGGCGCGUAUUUUGAAAACUAUCAAUGGAGUGGCCUCCGUCUGCGGCCAAGACAAUCAAACACGGACUCUCGCAAGACUCCUCAAGCCGCACCUCGACCACAUUUUAGCCGCUGGCACUUCCAAGAGCCUGGGACCCAAAAGUCGUGCCCAUGCCAUUUCAGCCGUAGCCGCCAUUGACACUUCCUUUGGCAAUUUAGAGUCUAGUAGGAGACUUUUAGAGGAUGUCCUGGCUAUUGAAACACAACUGUAUGGCGAAUCUAGCCUGGAGGUAGCGUCUACUUUGACGCGUUUGGCAGAUGUGUGCAGUUCUCUGGACGACGCACAGCGGUGUAGAGAGCUUCUUGAGAGAGCGAUUCAAAUUUACGAGUCGCAGCGAAGGAAAUUCGGGGAAUACAAACAGCCUCUUGAAUACGCACGUACCCUAUCAGCCCUUGGCGCUACCUAUGGAGGAUUAGGCUUCAAGGAACGAAGUCGCGAUUAUAUUGAGCGAGCCUUCUCUUUCAUGCAGUCAGCAGCACCCAUCAGCCCGGACGAAGUUGAAACGCGCCGGUUCACAAGCGACGUGGCCAGCACACUCACUGAUUUGGGGCAUGCAUACCUUUCGUUAGGCGAAACGACGCAAGCACGGCGGUUCUUAGACAUGGCUCUGAAUGGACAAAAAAAUAUUCACGGCGAUGAACAUCCAGAAGUUGUGCGCACUUUGACAGUUCUUGGAAUUGCUUAUACAAUGCAGGGAAACUGGACAGAAGCGAGAAAAAUGAGGAAAGAAGCCGGAAAAACUCAGGCAAAACUUGAUGCCAAGCCACUGAUGUGAACAUCCUGCAAUGGGCAAAUGAACACGGUGACGCCUCAAAGACGUAUUACAUGUUGAAAACGAAAAUAAUUGUUCAUUUCUCCGUACUUGUGAGAGCGAACGAUCUUAUCAAAACUUGCGGUAAGAAUCUUUUGUGGUGAAGUAAACGAGACGAUCUUGAAGAUUUGGUCCAAACCGUUAAAAAACUACGGAAGAUCGAAAAGAGAACGUUUCACUUAGAUAGGUUUGCUCAUUUUGGACAAAUGUUAAGAUAAUGAAUUUGCCACGGUUUAAUAAUGAGGACAUACUUUUGACAAACUUUGAACUGACUUGGACGAGUUAUCAAGUUCCAAAAUUUACCCAUCAUUACCUUAGCUCUGGUGACUGUCAUAACUCUGGAAUUACAGAGUUUACGAUUUUAAAUAACAUUUUUGAUCAUAGUCAGUGUAACAAAGUUUUGCACUGCCUAUUUUCUUUUGCUUUCUAGACUACGAGCAGUCGCUGCUUUUCGGCGAGAUCCGUCCCGGAGUCAAAAAUAAAAAGGAAGGAAUUAAUAAUAAUAAGAAGAGGAAGGGCGCACGUGAGG